AUGGAGAAGGAGAUGGAGCCGACUCUUCCUCUGCUGACACCGUACAAGAUGGGCGUGUUCAAACUGGCACGAUUGGAUCUCAUAACCAGUGUGGAGAUCCAUGCGGCAAACGGGCACCUGUUCGACCAGUUCAUGAAGGACAGCACCAAUAACCGGGACGACGCCUAUGGGGGCAGCCUGGAGAACCGCUGCCGUUUCACCGCCGAGGUGGUGGCGGCCGUCGCGGCCGAGGUCAGCGCUGACCACCUGGGUGUGCGCCUCUCUCCGUUCGCGGACUACAUGGACUGCCAUGACUCUGACCCAGAGGCGCUUGGGCUUCAUGUCAUCGACAAGACGCUGAACCCGCUCGGCGUGCUCUACUGCCACAUGGUAGAGCCUAGGAUGCGGGUGAACCCAGACGACGGCAAGAUGACCCUCCAGCAGAUGCUGCUGCCGUUCAGGAGGGCGUUUCAGGGGACGUUAAUAGCUAGCGGAGGAUACGACCGUGAGGAAGGCAACGCCGCCAUCGCCCAUGGCUAUGCCGACCUGAUCGCGUACGGCCGGAUAUUCCUGGCCAUCCCGGACCUUCCGGCGCGUUUUGCCAAGAAGGCCGCGCUGAACAAGUAUGACAGGAGCACCUUCUACGCCUCCGAUCCGGUGGUUGGUUACACUGAUUAUCCAUUUCUCGAUCAACUCUAG